GCGUUAUUCCGGUCUCUCUUAAGAGAGCUAAGCUUCCUGGCUCAGCGAUAUUGCCGCAUUCCGAGCGUUCGACACCGUAAAGCUCCACGUCCCUUCUCAGCUGAGACCACACUUUUGAAACACCAACCAUGAAGGUAGUCAUCGCGUCGUUGAUGCUUCUGGCUCUUCUGAAUCAUGCCGCUUGUGACUGCCAAGAAGCGCUUUCUGAGCUUGGAUCAUGUGCGGACAACAUACAGGAUUGGGCACCUUUGAAGGACAUGAAUUUUGAGGCAGUAAGAACACAUGCCGACAAGGAAAAAGUUGCAUGUUGUGCUCUGAAAUAUAUGGACAACUGCGUCGACGUCCACCUUGGCACAGAAUGCCCUCAGUAUCUUGCAAGAGCAAAGGCGACUACUCUGAACAUUUUCAGGAAGAGUUUGGGCUCUGACGUCACAUGCACAGCUACUUCGGCUGCAAACUGCGAACAGUUGCCGUCCCUCUUCAGCUUCUAAGCAAUUGGGCUCGAUGUGUAUGGUUACAGUAUACGCAUAAAGUGGACUUACCUGCA